UGUAAUUUUUUUUUAAUCCUAGCUAAACUUCUCCAUCACUGUGACUGUGACUGUCAUUGACUCAUUUUUCAAAUUUUGUCACACAGAAUCAGAAAGUUUUGAGUUAAAAUUGGAAGAAACUUGAAUUGAGAUUGACAUUUAGAAAGUAAAGAGUUGCCAAAUUUGAUGUUUUUAAUUGAAGACAACUAAACACAGUAAACAAAAAUCAUGCCUUUUAUGAAAGGUGCCGCUCCUAUACGGAGAACAUUAAAUUACUUAGAAAAUGGGAGGCUUGUUUUGAAAGACAGCGUUAAAAUGGUUGCGUUCAAUUUUAACUUGGAACACCCUCCUAGUGCAGGCACAGAGAAUUUUGUCUUUUGGCAUUUUGCUCAGAUGCAGUACAAGAAUCCUAAUGUGAAUAUGUAUGUUUUCAACAACAUGACUCCUUCUCCAUACAUUCAGUUCUUUUUCAGUGGUGGGAAAAAACUGGUACUAGAUGUUGAUAGCCAGGACAAAGAAACAAUAUUUAACCAAGUCAAAAAAAUAUUUUGCAAAACAGAUGAAACAUUACAUGCAGAAACUUUAGCCAAAGAAAAGAAAAAUAAUCCAGCUAAUUUUGGCUACAUGUGCACACACGAGUGCAUCUGUGAAAUUCCUGGCCAAGUUCCCUGUACCAAGUGGUGCAUACCUCCUAAAGAACUCAGAGGGAAAUUCAAAUUUUUAGGCAAGGACGUGGAACCCGAAUAACUGUGUUGUUGAAUUUUGUUUUUCUAGGGUAAUAGUUUGGAAAGAUGUGUACAUCUAAAAAUCAUUUUGUGAUGUGAAAUAUAUUUAUCAUUAGUUUUAGACAGUUGUUGAAUGCAACAUUAUUUGUUAUAAGUUAAUCAUUGUAAAGAAAAGCAGAAUUUUGUGCAUAAAUAAAUUUAAAAAUGAUAAAUUA